UAUACGUACGAUUUCACCAGAACGAUUCCUUUCGGUCAUGCCACAAGUUACAAGUUACAAGGACAUCUGCGUCGCUCUUGGGCAAGUUCGCCGCGAUCGGGUGCGCAUCCAAAAUGGAAUCCCUCUGUCUGCUCUCGGCCCAUGUCUUCAUUUACUGGGUGGUUCUGCGCUUCGAAACAGCCCCUUCGCACCAUUUGUGCUUUUACACCGCAUUAUCGCAUCAAAUCUGUACAUUGGCGGAUUCUUCGGUGAGUUGGAUGCGGGCGCAACGCAAGAAGAGAAUCCAUAGGAUAAUUCCACCUACAAAAGUGGGGGUUAUGUCCUCUGCGCUGCUCCGCAUCGGGAGAGGUUGAACUAGCCUCCUUGGCUAUGACACUCAAGUCUAUAAUUGUUGGGUAUAUAUAUCGGAUGUCUAUCACAAUAUUAAUAUGAAUGAAUAUUCGGUUGUAAAGAAAA